AUGGCGGUUCCACCGGAUAUGCGACUCUAUGGAAUUGACAAGAUUGCUGACGGUCGUGGCGUUCUACAGAGGCAGCUUUUUGCCCGCUCGGAGCGGGUGAAGGGUAUUGAUUUCCAUCCCACGGAGCCAUGGAUCCUGACCACCCUAUACAGUGGCCACGUCUACAUCUGGUCUUACGAGACACAGUCCAUUAUCAAAACCUUCGAGCUUACCGAUGUUCCCGUUCGUGCCGGUCGAUUCAUUGCGCGAAAGAACUGGAUUGUCUGCGGUUCGGAUGACUUCCAGCUCCGUGUUUACAACUACAACACCUCCGAGAAGAUCACCUCCUUCGAAGCACACCCCGAUUACAUUCGCUCCAUUGCCGUUCACCCGACCUUGCCUUAUGUUCUCACCGCGUCAGAUGAUAUGACCAUUCGCGCUUGGGAUUGGGAAAAGGGUUGGAAGUGUAUUCAGGUCUUCGAGGGCCACAGUCACUAUGUGAUGGGCAUGGCCAUCAACCCGAAGGAUACCAACACUUUCGCCUCUGCGUGUUUGGAUCGCACCGUUAAGAUCUGGAACCUCGGCUCCCCCCACGCCAAUUUCACCCUCGAGGCUCACGAGACCAAGGGUGUCAACCACGUCGACUACUACCCUGGUUCCGACAAGCCAUACCUUCUCACAACCUCGGACGAUAAGACCGUCAAGAUUUGGGAUUACACAACCAAGGCGCUCAUCGCGACUCUGGAGGGCCACACUAGCAACGUUUCUUUCGCUUGUUACCACCCCGAGCUGCCUGUGAUCAUCUCAGGUUCUGAAGAUGGCACUAUCAAGAUUUGGCACGCUAACACCUAUCGCUUGGAACAAUCGCUAAGCUAUGGUCUGGAGCGAGCUUGGUGUAUAUCCUCACAAAAAGGACGACAGGGAAUCGCAAUGGGUUUCGAUGACGGUGCGGUAGUUGUUAAGAUGGGACGAGAAGAACCCGCCGUUUCUAUGGACGGCUCGGGAAAGCUUGUCUGGGCCCGGCACAAUGAGGUUGUCUCUGCAGUCAUCAAGGGUGGUGAUCCGAACAUCAAGGAUGGCGAACCUCUACUGCUGCCGACUAAAGAGCUUGGAACUAGCGAGAUCUAUCCUUCAACUUUGUCUCACUCGCCUAACUCGCGAUUCGUAGCCAUCUGCGGCGACGGUGAAUGGAUCAUUUAUACCGCAUUGGCAUGGCGCAACAAGGCCUUUGGUUCUGCUCUCGAUUUCGCUUGGGGCUCCAAGGAUAACAGCAACGAUUUUGCUAUUCGGGAAUCUACGACGAGUGUCAAAAUCUUCAAGAACUUUAAGGAGCAAAGCGGUGGCCUGGACGUCGGCUACCAAGCCGAAGGCCUUGCUAGCGGUGUUUUGCUCGGUGUCAAGGGACAGGGUGGUAUCGGUCUCUUUGACUGGGAGAGUGGUAACCUAGUCCGAAGAAUCGAAGUCGACCCAACCAACGUGUACUGGUCCGAAAAUGGAGAUCUUCUCGUCCUCGCCUGUGAAGACUCUUUCUACGUCCUUCGCUACUCGCGGGAAGAAUACAUUAACGGUAUGAACAAUGGUGAAGCUGACGAGGAUGGUGUCGAGGCCGCCAUCGAGCACAUCGCUACUAUCAAUGAGACCGUGCGUACUGGAGAAUGGGUUGGUGACUCGUUCAUCUACACCAACUCUACAAACCGCCUGAACUACCUCGUUGGUGAUCAAACAUACACCAUCUCGCACUUCGACCAGCCAAUGUACCUCCUGGGCUAUCUUGCUAGAGACUCCAAGCUCUAUCUUGCCGAUAAGGAUGUCAAUGUCGUCUCCUUCGGUCUCUCUCUCAGCAUGGUUGAGUACCAAACUCUCGUGUUGCGCAACGAGAUGGAGGCGGCUGCUGAGAUUCUGAGCGACAUUCCUCAGGAUCAGAUGAACAAGGUUGCGCGCUUCCUUGAAGGCCAGGGCUACAAGGAGAUGGCCUUGGAAGUUGCGACAGACCCGGAGCACCGUUUCGAUUUGGCUUUGUCUCUGAACGACCUCGAGACUGCUCUCCAGAUCGCUCGUCAGACCAACACUGACCACAGGUACAAGUUAGUUGGUGACGCCGCUUUGGCUGGCUGGAACCUUGCCCUCGCCCAGGAAUGCUUUACCCAUGCCAAGGAUAUUGGUUCUCUUCUGCUGCUUCACACUGCCAGCAACAACCGCUCGGAGCUUCGCAACCUGGCUACCCAGGCCUCCGAGUCGGGUCUCCACAAUGUCGCAUUUUCUACUCUCUGGUCAUUGGGUGACGUUGAUGGCUGCAUUGAUCUCCUUGUCACGGCCAACCGACUCGGUGAGGCGGUCCUCUUCGCUCAAACCUACAGGCCUAGCCGCGCCGCUGCUCUUGUGGUCCAAUGGAAGGAGAGCCUCGAGCAAUCGAAUAAGGCAAAGACUGCUCGCCUGAUCGGUGUCCCGCCCGGUGCUCCCGACGUCACCUCCACUGAUGACGACCUUUUCCCGGAGUGGGACGAGUAUAUCCGCCUCGAGAAAGAGGGAAUUGUUCCCGAACCUUCUUCCGAGUCGCUGAUUGACAUUGAUGUUGAUGCUGAUGCGAAGGAGCCUGCCAAUGCAGAUAAUGAUGCUCAAGAAGCCGAGGCCGAAGCCGAGACUGAGGGUGAAGUUGAGGAGAAGGCGGAGUAA